AUGAACGACACUGCUCACCUCAGCGAGAGCAACCUCGCUCGUCAAGGAGAAUUAUCCACAGCACAGCAGCCAACGACGCUCCACGAGACUGCCACGACACUCGAGGACAGCGCGAAGAACAGCGAGUCUGUCCGUGACGCACUCCUCACGUGUCUCGGCACGCUGUCUCACACGCCAGCCACGGCCGCGGACGACGAUGCGCGGGCCGCGACACUCGGGAGGCUGAAAAAAAGUGUGACCACAGGCCUGGGAGGCACGGCGAUCGCGGAAGAUGUCGAGGGACAAGCCUUGACGGCCGAGGCAGCGCUGGCCUGUCUCGUCGAGCUGCAGACCAAGUGGCAGGUCGAAAUGGACGACGAGUCUCUCAGACAAGUUCUCGCGUACACGGAUGCCGGGGAUGGCUGGACCACGGAGGAGGCUGCUGCCAUGGCCGGCCAGCUGGUCGACGCUGCUCUCCCCGAGCACAAGGUGCCGAGCUUCAUUGUGGAGAGCAUCCUACAGCAGCAUCUGCGACCGCUGUUCUCACAGUCUACUACAAAGGUCACUGCAUCGGGUCGCCCGGUACUCUUCGAGCAAGGCGAGCCGAGGGCCUACAGAGGCCUGGAGACGCCAUCAUGGAAGCGUGGUGGACUACAGAUCAUGUCGUUGUUCAGGUGGGCUGUGCAGCACGCGGAUGACAUUGUGAUACGUGACCAUUGGCCACUAUUUACGCCUGUCCUCCUUACUCUCAUCGAAGAUGAAGACACCGCCGUUCGGGUACAUGGCCUCGGCACACUCGGUGCCUUUGUUGACAAAUGCCCUUUGCGCAUCCUGGCCACUACCGGCAUCGCAAAGGUCUUUGAGGAAUCUAUGUUCCCGUCCUUGUUGUUUCUGCCUACUUUGACGCCCGAGGACCAGUCUGUCGAGAUCAUCAAGGCCGCCUACAAGGUUCUCCUGAUCCUCGCGAAGAAGGACCCAGAUACCAAGAGCUCUGCCCGACGUCACCUACUGGACAAAAUGCUCCGCAACGGCGUAUUCGCUGCGCAUGAUCAUGCCUCCCAAUACAUGCGUAUAGUCGAGACUCUCAUGACCACGCUGAUCUCCGUGGUCGAUGCGCUGGAGAUCUUCGCGGUCAAGCAUCUACAGCGGCCCAAGCAAUGA